UCUCUCUCUCUCUCUCUCUCUCUCUCUCUCCUCUGAUUCUUUGAUGCAUCUGCUGCAUGAAGCUAGUCGAAUCAAGCAGACGUAGCGGUGGCCUUUCAAAUUCGCUUUGGAACCCCCCCCCCCCACAAAAAAAAAAAAAAAAAACACCAAAAAAGCAAACAAGAAAAAAAGGAAACAAUAACAAAUUUCCCCCCUCCAUCAACAAAACAGAGAUGGGUGCCAAUAGGGUGAUGUGGUCGAGCUGCCGCGUCGUCUCGUCUCGUCUCGCUCUGCGGCUGUCAUGAUAUGACACCCAAAGGAUUGGCCUUUGGUCUGCUGCUUCUGCUAUUCUGCGUGAUUUCCUACGGCCAGUUGGCACAAGCAGUCAAUGCAUGUGACCCUGGCGUGUGCAGUUGCAACGGAAAUUCUGUCAAUUGCAUCGGCAGAUCUCUCACAACCAUUCCGAGCGCAAUCCCACCGAACACAAGGGAGCUGUCUCUCUCCAAUAACCCGCUCUACAGUAUUUCCGCCUCUGCAUUUACCGGGCUGACGGCUCUCACUUACUUGAGUCUGUCCGACUGCUAUCUCACCAGCAUUCCCUCAAACGCAUUCGCAGACCUGCCUGCGUUGAUAAGCUUAUUUCUCUCCUGGAACCAAAUCACCAGCUUUCCCGCAGACGCAUUCACAGGGCUGACGGUGCUGAGUGCCCUGCAGUUGAACAGCAACAACAUCACCAGCAUUCCGGAUGGCGCAUUCACGGACCUGACUCAGCUGACUUACCUAUCUCUGCUCAACAACCAGAUCACCACCGUUUCUGCAAAUGCAUUCACAGGCCUGACUGCACUGACUUACCUGUAUCUGACCAACAACCUCUUUACCACCGUCCCUCCUAGCGUAUUCGCAGGCCUGACUGCGCUGAAGACCUUGAUGUUGUCAAGGAACCCAAUCACCAGCAUUUCUGCAGAUGCAUUCACAGGCCUGUCCGCGCUGACUUCCCUUCCGCGGAACGAGCGGGCCUUCGACCUGCUGCGGGAGGCUAGACAGGCCAAGGACGCCGACUCUCCUCGCUUUUUCAAGGCCGCCGUGCUGAAAACCUACUUUACACCUUGUGCUGACAUCAGUGGACCAGGUGGCGCGGGAGCCAAGGAGACGAAACCGACCAUCAGGCAGCUGGAGGCGAUUUUCGAGGUCCCGCGAUCUACUGUCGGCAAAUGGAUCGCGCAUCACCGCCAUCAAGCCGAUCUCUUCGCCCGUUCUACCCUCGAUCAGGCAGUUGAUCUAGUUCAGGAUGACGCCAUCUCGGGGGACCGCAGCGUCUUCCUCCGGUCGGAGGAGCUCAAGAUCGUUAACUACCUUUUUGUUCGGAGCGCAUUUGCUCACGUCGCCCUCACCAAACCCAAUACAAUCGAACUCUUCAUGCGCCUGUCUCAAGUUCCACGACCAGAUGGAAAGCCUCGCCGCCAGUUCGGUCCCAACGGCCCGAGCGAGUCGUUUUUGGAGCGGUUUUUCGCCGAGUUUUCCGACGAACUCCGCUGGAUCACUGCACACUCGAUCGAAACCAUUCGUACGGCCGCGAUGAACGAGGAAACCCUCAGAAGCUUCUUUGAGCGCCUGCAGGAGCUUUGCGACAAGUCUGGAGGGAAGCUGUGGGCCGAGCCUGGGCGGAUUUUCAGCUGCAUUCCAUCGCUUCUCACAUUCGAGGAGUUGCUGCGAGCGCCCCCGCUGACACCGUCGUCGAGCUGCACCGAGCCUGCCACUGUCCGAACCGUCAAGCAGAACAAGGCCUACUCGCCCCAAGAUGCGGCACAGCGUGCUGCCCAGCACGAGCGAGAAGCUCGGGAACAAGAAAAGGCUCAGGUUGCGCCUCUCAUGGAGGAGUACAACCGGGCAAUGCGGACCUACGAAGACAAAAUCGAGCCCGUCAUGAAUCAGCAGGACCAACUCAAGUCGACGAUCGCUGCCGACCAGGCCCGGCUCGCAGAACUCGAGGCAGACGACUCGGCAGCCGCUCUGGUUGCAGACGUGCGUGCGCAACUUCACGCGAACCAGCAGAGGCUCGCCAAAGUCAACGCGACCGUGAAGCAAAUGGUCGCCGCAAAACCCAAGCGCCCCGACGUCCGACACGUCCGCGCGCUUGCCGCCUCGAAAGCAGCAGCUGCGGCACCGGCUUUGCAAUCGGACGACUCUGACGACGAAUGCGAAGAGGACGGCAUUCCGCCGUCGCCAAUGCAGGUGACUUCUGCCGCUCCAGCGCGCUUCAGGAAGAGAAUCUAUGAAAGAGACUCUGACGACGAGGCCGCUCCAUCAUUUGAAACAGCCCAGAGUGGCGGGUCGGACGAGAAUGUGACCUAUUCACUGUCGUCAAGAUCUCUCGAGCGGCUGAAGGAGCCCCGUCUUGCUACUCGCAGCUCAUCGCGGCUCAUUUUGUCUCCAGGUGUGACACUCAGUCGUGCCAACACAAGUGGCGUGAGCAGCUGGCUGACAAACGACAUGGCGGCGAUGCAGCUUGUGUCAACCGAUGAAAAUGUGUCGUCCACGCCGAAAACCGAUCGCCGGAAGCGACUCGCGCUAUCUGACCUCUCCAAUUCGAACUAA